AUGGGCUUUCAUUUGGGACGACGCAUGCUGCUUGCUUCCUUCCUGCUGGUGGUGCUACAAGUGGCGCUACACACGGAGGCCAGGCCACAGGAAGUGAUCACAGUUGCCGUAGAGGAGAAGGACACGGAGGUGAUCAAAAAAGAGGGCGGCGAUGGUGAUGCCGAUGGCGAUGACGAUGAUUCGUCCUCCGAGGAAACAGUCGAGGACUCGGAGGAGACUGGACGCAGACGUCGCGAUGUUAGCACGGACAAUGUGCUGCUGCCACGCGCGGGAAAUAUUUAA